AUGGAGGAAGGUUCCUUUAAAGAAUUGAACAAAAUAAAGAGCGAAAGUGAUAGCGGGGAAUACAGCGAUGAUCAAACUAACAUAGACGAUGCUAAAUGUUCUGUGUUUAUAAAAUCUACAAUGAUCCCCGAAAACACAGAUACAGUCAGAGGUAUAAAUUUCGAUGAAGAGGUUAAUAUGCACGAAUUUAUUAAUCAGUACAAGUAUAUGGGUUUUCAAGCUACUAACUUGGGUAUAGGUAUUGAUGAAAUAAAUAAAAUGCUAUAUUUUAAAUAUACGAAUAGGGAGGAAAAUACAAGUAGUGAGAAUAUAUAUACAUAUAAUAAUAAAAAAGAAUGUAUGAUUUGGUUGUCCUUUACAUCUAAUAUGAUUUCAAGUGGUUUACGUGAAAUUUUUGUGUACCUAGCGAAAAAUAAUUUCAUAGAUGUUGUUGUUACAACUGCUGGAGGUAUAGAAGAAGAUAUAAUAAAAUGUUUUUCCAAAACUUAUAUAGGGGACUUUAAUUUAAAUGGAAAGAAAUUAAGAAAAAAAGGAUGGAACAGAAUAGGAAAUUUAAUUGUACCAAAUGAAAAUUAUUGCAAUUUUGAAGAUUGGUUACAGCCUUUAUUAAAUAAAAUGUUACAUGAACAAAAUGCAAAAAAUGAAGAAAUUUUUUUAAAAAAAUUUGAAAAAAGAAAAAAAAAGGAAAAAGAGGAUAGUAAUAACGGAUUUGUGUCUACUACAACAUACAACACCAAUGGAUGGAAACCGGAUAAUGAAGAGGAAGAAGAGGACGAAGGGGAGAGUGAUAUGUUUUAUUUAAGCCCAUCUGAAUUCAUACGUAUAUUAGGUAAAGAAAUAAAUGAUGAAAGCUCUCUAAUAUAUUGGUGCUAUAAAAAUAAAAUUCCAGUAUUUUGCCCUGGUUUAACAGAUGGUUCUUUAGGGGAUAAUUUAUUUUUUCAUAAUUAUGGGAAAAAAAUAAAAAAUAAUUUAAUUUUAGAUAUAGUAAAAGAUAUAAAAAAAAUUAAUUCUCUUGCAUUAAACUGUAAGAAAUCAGGAAUUAUAAUUCUUGGUGGAGGAUUACCAAAACAUCAUGUAUGUAACGCAAAUUUGAUGAGAAAUGGAGCUGAUUUUGCUGUUUAUGUUAAUACAGCUAAUGAGUAUGAUGGUAGUGAUAGUGGAGCUAAUACAACGGAAGCUUUAUCAUGGGGGAAAAUUAAGUCAGCACAAGCAAGUAAUCAUAUUAAGAUUUUUGGAGACGCAACUAUUCUAUUCCCCCUAAUGGUUCUAAAUACAUUUUACAUGUACGAUCAGACAAGAAAGCAGAAAGGGGAAAAAAGGGUGAAAUGUGCAUGA